UUGCUCUCUACAUCAUCAUCUUAUACCUUUGAAAGGAUAUUUAUAUAUAUAUAUAUAUAUUCCAAUCAGUUUAAGUCAACUUUUGUUAAAUCGUUAAUCGUUCGUAUUUACCGAUUAAAGUUUUUUUCUUGACUUCACAAGAUCGAUCACAUCCUGUCAAAUAUUUUUACAUCCUGUCAAAUAUUUUUUCUCUUAAGAAUAUAUUGGCUUUAUUAAGGUAAAUUUCAAAGCUGUCAAACAAAUACUGUCGAAUUAUAAUAUCAUAUAAUAUUUAUGAAUAUUAGUUUUAGACAUAGCAUGUUCUAGAGUCAUUUAAUCAUUAAUUCAUUUUGUACUAUUAUAAUUACUAUAACUUAUUAAAUAACAAUUACAAUGCUGCAUCCUAUUGAGACUAUAACUUCAAAUGAUCCAGUUGAAUUAAACAACAGACACAAUGAUAAUUUCAUCCCGGGUACCCUUAACAUUUAUUCAUUUGAAAUAAAUCAAGAUGAUGAAGAACUCUCUCAUGAAAAAGAUCCUAAUUUCCAUCGUAUAAAGACUCAAGGUAAUAUUAUUCUUAUUCCUCAACCCUCUGAUUCUCCAAAUGAUCCUUUAAAUUGGUCUUCUUAUAGAAAAGCAAUAUGUUUUGCCAUUGUUGCAUUUAUAACUGGUUUUACCGCAGCAACUUCAAAUGAUGCUGGUGCAGUUCAAGACUCUUUCAAUGAAAUUUAUGGAAUUUCUUAUGAUGCCAUGAAUACUGGUGCUGGUGUACUUUUUAUUGGUAUUGGUUGGGGUACUUUUUUCUUAGCACCUUCAGCUUCUCUUUAUGGUCGUAAAUUUACUUAUUACAUCUGUAUUUUCUUGGGUUUAUUAGGUGCUCUUUGGUUUGCAUUGGCUCGUCGUACAUCAGAUACAAUCUGGUCUCAAUUAUUUGUUGGUAUUUCUGAAUCUUGUGCUGAAGCUCAAGUUCAAUUAAGUUUGAGUGAUUUAUAUUUUCAACAUCAAUUAGGUUCUGUUUUAACUGUAUAUAUUUUGGCUACCUCUGUGGGUACAUUUUUGGGACCAUUAAUUGCUGGAUUUAUUGUCCAAUACGCUGGUUUUAGAUUUGUUGGUUGGAUUGCAGUUUUCAUCUCCGCUGGUUUAUUAAUUGUUAUCGCUUUCGGUUUAGAAGAAACUGUCUUUGAUAGAAGUGCAUUCAGAGGUGUUAUUCAUGGUUUUGCUCCUACAAUCGCUGAAGCCGCUGUUCCAGCUGGAACUGCGAUCAAAACCGCUUCUAUUACUGAUGGUAAAAAGGAUAUUGAUUCGAAAGAAUUAACGAAUGAAGAAGACAUCUCAUUCGAAGACCAAAAGAAAGAACAAGAAUUAGCUUUGUCUCAAAAGGUCACUUAUGGUGCCAAUGAUCCUCCAAAAUCUUACUGGAGAUCAAUUCAAUUAAUAACUCCUGCUAAAAACUUGAAAGGAUGGGGUAUUAAGCAAUAUCUUUUACAAUUGAGAUUAUUGUUUAAAGUUUUCUUAUAUCCACCUGUUAUUUAUUCCGGUUUUGUUUGGGGUAUUCAAAGUGCUCUCUUGACUUUCUAUUUGACAGUAGAAGAUGAUGUUUACUAUGAUCCACCAUACAAUUAUGGUAAUGUAGGUGUUGCUUUAAUGAAUAUCCCUACUUUGAUUGGUUCUGUUAUUGGUUGUUUCUUUGCAGGUAAGUUGUCCGAUUACUUUUCCAUCUGGAUGGCAAAACGUAAUGGAGGUAUUCAAGAAGCUGAAUUCCGUCUUUGGUUCUUGUUUGUUCCUGCAUUCAUUGCUCCAGUUGGUCUUGUUCUUUUUGCUGUUGGUACUGAUCAGGAUUGGCAUUGGCCACCAACUUAUGUUGGUUUAGGGUUUAUUGGUUUUGGUUUUGGUUGCUCUGGUGAUGUCGCCAUGUCUUAUUUAAUGGACUCCUAUCCAGAAAUGGUUAUUGAAAUGAUGUGUGGUGUUUCUGUAAUCAAUAAUAUGAUUGGUUGUAUUUUCACUUUCGCAUGUUCUCCUUGGUUAGCUGCUAUGGGUAAUACUCACACAUUCAUUAUUUUAGCUGUUAUUCAAUUCUUGAUCAUGAUUGGUGCUGCACCAAUGAUUUACUACGGUAAGAGAAUUAGAUUAUGGACCAAAGAUUGGUAUCUUGAAUUCCUUCAAUUACGUGAUGGCCUUUAAAUAAUAUAACCUUCUGUUCAUAAAUAAUACUAGUUUACUCAUUCAUUUCGUUAGACAUUUAAUUAUUAAUUGACUCUGUACGUAUAUAUAUUUAUAUACUAUUACUUUUGUUUAUACUUAAUUUAUAUCUUAUC